AUGGCUUCAAUCUUCAAGCAAUUUGCUCUACUAUGCCUCCUACACCUGGUAGCCUCCCAAAACUCCACCAAUUCCACCGCUGACGUCCUCACCCUUGUAAACCAGCUCAUCGGCACCGACAAUGGCGGAAAUGUCUUUGCAGGCGCAACGCGUCCGUACGGGAUGGCCAAAGCUGUCGCAGAUGUUGACGGGCAAAACACAGCUGGAUUUUCUACCGAUGGCUCGAACGUAACGGGCUUCUCACACAUGCACGAUUCUGGAACCGGCGGGAAUCCCUCUCUUGGGAACUUUCCUCUAUUCCCACAGGUCUGUCCUGGGGACGACAUUGAUAAUUGCAAGUUUCAAAUCGCGGAGAGGAAAGUGCCAUAUGUAGGGAGCAGUGUAAAAGCCACGCCCGGGUACUUCUCACUGGAAUUGAGCACGGGUAUUUCGGCCGAGAUGACGGUUACAGAACAUGCUGCUUUGUAUCACUUUACGUUCCCCUCUUCCUCGGGAUCAAACGGUACGAGUCCUAUGAUUCUUCUCGAUCUGACAGACCUUAGUGCCAGCCGGCAAAAUGCUUCUAUAAGCAUAGACUCCAGUGGUCGCAUGAAAGGGAAUGGAACCUUCAUCCCUAGUUUUGGGAGUGGUAGCUUUGUCUCGUACUUUUGCGCCGACUUUCAGGGCGCUAGUAUAAAGGAUAACGGGAUCUGGGUCAAUGCAAGGGCGGGAAGUGAGCCCAAGGAGAUAUUUGUAACGAGAGGUAUCAAUCUUUUCUAUCUUGAAUCCGGGGGCUGGAUACAAUUUGACAGACCUGCGAAUGGAGUUGUGAGUGCGAGAGUUGGAGUCAGUUUUAUAAGUGCAGAUCAGGCUUGCAGUAACGCUGAGAAUGAAAUCUCUGGGGAUGAGUGGGACUUUGCUGGUAUAAAGAAGAGUGCUGAGGAUGCUUGGAGGGAUAAGUUGAAUGUGGUUUCUAUUAAUGCAGGUGGUGCAAGCCAAGAUCUUCAGACGGGCUUUUAUAGUGCCAUUUACAGGACUAUGAUGUCUCCGCAAAAUUAUACUGGAGAGAACCCUCUAUGGCAAAGCUCGGAGCCUUAUUAUGAUUCUUUCUACUGGUAUGUCUUCCCGUCUCAACUCUCUAAGGUUGUAGAUGCUGAAUAUGAAACAAGCAUUUGGGAUGCUUUCCGCUCCCAGCUUCCUUUUCUCACAAUAGUCGACCCUAUCAUCCUGACCUCUAUGGUUCGUUCGCUGCUCGACACGUACAAGCAUGUCGGCUGGCUUCCAGACUGCCGCAUGAGUCUAUGCAAAGGAUUCACACAAGGCGGAUCCAACGCAGAUGUCGUCCUCACAGACGCAUACGUUAAGAACCUCACAUCACCUGAUGGGCCCAUCGAUUGGGAGCUAGCCUACGAAGCUGUGCUAAAUGAUGCCGAAAAUGAGCCCCUUGAUUGGUCUGUAGAAGGAAGAGGUGGACUGCAGAGUUGGAAACGACUAAACUAUAUUCCAGCGCUGGAUUAUGAUUACCUUGGUUUCGGGACGAAUUCGAGGAGCAUUUCGAGGACGCUAGAGUAUAGCUACGAUGAUUAUUGUCUUGCAACGCUUGCAAAGGGGUUAGGGAAGGAUGAUAAUUACACGAAGUAUCUUUCCCGGGCUACAAAUUGGCAGAACCUAUGGAAGGAUGACACAACGAGCUCUAUCAAUGGCAAAGACACUGGCUUUACAGGGUUCUUCCAGCCAAAAUAUUUGAACGGGACAUGGGGCUACCAGGAUCCAAUCUUAUGCAGUCCUCUGGAUAGUUUCUGUUCCCUGACCUCUAACCCCCAAGAAACAUUCGAAGACUCAAUCUGGGAAUACCAAUUGUACUAUCUCUCCUCCAACCUGUUAAUGAAUGCUAAUACAAACAGUUACGUCCCACACGCGAUUCCCGAACUCAUAGACCUAUUCGGCGGCCCCACUUCCUUCCUCUCACGCCUCGACUUCCUCCACACAUCCGGCCUAACAGACAUCGGCAACGAGCCCUCCUUCCUCACCGUUUUCCUACCCCACUACGCCGGCCGCCCGGGUCUCUCCUCCUCACUCGUGCACAAAUACAUCCCCAGCUACUUCAACUCGACUCCCACCGGCCUCCCAGGCAACGACGACACCGGCGCCAUGGCAUCAUUCAGCGCCUUCUGCAUGAUGGGGCUCUUCCCCAACCCAGGGCAAAACAUCUAUUUUAUCUCUGCGCCCUUCUUCGCUUCCAUAUCUGUUACUUCUCCUAUCACCGGUAAGACUGCGACGAUCAAGACUAGUAAUUUCGAUGCUGGGUAUGAGAGGAUCUAUGUGCAGAAUGUGACGUUGGAUGGGCUGCCGUAUACGAAGAAUUGGAUCGAUCAUAGUUUUUUUACGGAGGGGAAGACGUUGGUGCUUACAAUUGCGGGAGAGGAGGGUGCUUGGGGACAGAAAGCUGAGGAUGCACCGCCUGGCAUGAGUGCGAGUGCGAGGAUGCUGUGA